AGCUGCAGGUGAAUCACACACACUUCUGCUGAUUCCCCCCCUGUGAAGAGGACAAGAUGGUGUUCACUAUUAAGGACAUGAGCUUUAAGGCCGGAAUGGAGAUGAAGGUCUCUGGAAAGGUCAAAUCUGAAUGUGAAGGGUUCUCCAUCAACAUCGGUCAUGACACCAAUGCCAUCGCUCUCCACUUUAACCCUCGAUUUAAUGAAAACGUCAUCGUGUGCAACUCGAACAGUGGGAGCUGGGGUGACGAACAUCGUGAGCACUGUUUCCCCUUUCAGAAGGGCAACGAGUUCAAGUUGAUCAUCACCUUCAACAAUGACACCUUCUAUAUCAAACUCCCCGAAGGCACCAUGAUGAGCUUCCCCAACCGCUUUGGAGAUGACACAUUCAAACACAUCCAUGUGGUGGGAGAUGUGAAGAUCGAGAGCCUGAAGGUCAAAUGAGCAGCGAGCUCUGAUGUCCACACUCAUCUCAACAACUUCAGUAUCUCGUGUUAUCAUGACCGAUCCGGUCUGGUGUUCUGCAGCUGGAUCGUCUAAAAACCACUCCAUUAUUCCAUAUUGACCAAUAAAACCACUGAAUCCACAAAA